AUGGGUGGAGCAUUUACAAAAGAAAUAUAUCCACUAUGGCUCUUUCUUCUCUACUUCUUUGCUGUAACAGCUUCAUGGAUUUGGAAAGGACUCCAGAAAUGCAAGGAAUAUCUUAUUGCAGGAUCCUGUCUGAAUGUAUCUAUGAAUAGCUCUGACUGCAUUUGGACAACGGCCUGGGUUCCGACCCUUCCUUCCUAUCGACCUUCUCCCCGUAGUCCAAAUUCGAGAUAUUUGCAUCAUUUGUCUAUCUCUGAUCUAAUUAUGCCAGGAACGCGUUGUUGGAAUAAAUGCCUUCUGUUGACCCUCUUUGAUCCGAUCUCUGCCAUGGCUGUUGGUAGGCUACCAAUUUCAGAUGAAUCUCAAAAAGUAUAUCUCUGGAUUCCCUCUGCUUCUGGGAGGUUCAGCACUUUUUCGGCCUACCUUUCUAUCUUGAAUAAUGAUUUCACUGGAUCCCAUCUGUCUCCUUUGUCAUCUUUUUGGAGGGAUAUCAGGAAACUUCAACUAACAGAUCGACUCCGAAUUUUUAUUUGGAAAAUAGCUUGGAAUAUUUUUCCAACUAUUCAGCGAUUACAGCCAAUUAUUCCUACACAUCGUCCAGAUGCUUUCUGUCCUCUCUGUAAGGGAGGACCUGAUUCCCUUCGGCAUCUUUUCUUUCACUGUCAUUUUGCAAGAGUAGUUUGGCGUCUCUCAUCCUGGCCUCUUGAUUCUACCACAUUGGAUUCCCCACACUUAUGUGACUGGGUGCGAGUAAUUUUAUAUCCUGAGGCUCUUCUUCAUAUUCCCUCUUUGGAAUUACAUCGUUUUCAGGUAUUUGCAGCUGUAGCUUGUGAUCUUCUUUGGUUUCAUCGCAAUAAAGCUUACCAUGAAGGCAUGUCCUUUGAUGCUCGUAAUCUUGCUAGGCAAAUAGUCACUACUUAUCAUCAACAUUGUGAUGCAUGGUCUGCCAAGUUACGCCCUACGCUGGAAAAAUGGAUUCGUCCUCCAUUAAAUUGGCACAAGCUCAACUUUGAUACUGCCAUUCGUGAUUCAUUUUCCUGUCAAGCUGCUAUCUGUCGCAAUCAUGAAGGCAGAUUGAUAGUUAUCAUUGCUUUACAACAGCCAUCUAUUGUUCAAGAUUGGCGUAUCACUGACAUCAUUCACCAAACGCUAGACAUGUUCCCUCCUGAUUCUUCUUGGUCAGCUCGGAAAGUCAAUAGAAGUGCAAACUUCGGUGCCCAUUAUGUGGCACAUUGGGCCGCAGCUCAAUUUUCGUCAAGCAGCAUUCCCACCCUUUCCUCAUCAACUUAUUCCCCUACUACUCAGUUUGUCAGUGUUGCGCUUGAUCCAAAUCUAAGGAACUCUGUUGUUUAG